AUGAAGAAACAUUCAUGUGAGUUUUCAAGUUACAACUCUCUUGGUCAGAGUCAGUUCUCGCAGUACUACGUUCCCCCUCCCAGUUACCUGUCUGCUGGGUUGCCCAGCAGUGAUAGAGAUGGAACUGGUGUAGUGGCACCUGGAUAUCCAGCCAUUAAAACUGAAGGCAGUGCCUCAGCAAACCUGCCCGACACAACAGAUGCAUCCCCAGGUGUGACGCUCCCAACAGGUGUGGCUCUGCCUGCUGGGAUGGCCCUUCCCACAGGAGAAAGUGACCAAGACGAGACAAACCGCAAAAACCCUCCUGGCAAAGCUAAAGGCAAAGCCAAGAAAUCUGAUGGUUCCCAAUCCACAGACAAUGACCUUGAGCGUAUCUUCUUGUGGGAUCUGGAUGAAACCAUCAUAAUUUUCCACUCUCUUCUUACCGGCUCAUUUGCACAGAAGUUUGGCAAGGACCCAGCAACAGUUCUCAAUCUGGGUCUUCAGAUGGAGGAACUGAUCUUUGAGCUCGCAGACACACAUCUCUUCUUCAAUGAUCUGGAGGAAUGUGAUCAGGUCCAUGUUGAUGAUGUUGCCUCAGAUGACAACGGACAGGACUUGAGCAACUACAGCUUCUCCAGCGAUGGCUUCAGCGGGCCCAGUGCGGGCGGUGGUCCAGGGUCCACCUCCACGGUACAGGGAGGAGUAGAGUGGAUGCGUAAGCUGGCCUUCAGAUAUCGCCGGCUCAAAGAGAUCUACAACGGGUUCAAAGGGAAUGUGGGAGGUCUGCUAAGCCCAAUGAAGAGAGACCUACUGCUCAGGCUGCGCUCAGAGAUUGAGACAAUUACAGAUGCCUGGCUGAGCACUGCCCUCAAAUCUCUCUUGCUCAUUCAGUCAAGGGGCAGAUGUAUGAAUGUUCUGGUCACCACCACUCAGCUGGUUCCUGCUUUAGCUAAAGUGCUUCUCUAUGGACUGGGUGACGUCUUUCCCGUCGAGAACAUCUACAGCGCCACUAAAAUAGGAAAAGAGAGCUGCUUUGAACGCAUCAUCUCACGCUUUGGGAACAAAGUGACCUAUGUUGUUAUAGGGGACGGUCGUGAUGAAGAGUUUGCAGCAAAGCAGCACAACAUGCCGUUUUGGCGAAUCUCGUCUCACGGAGACCUGAUUUCUCUUCACCAAGCUCUGGAACUGGACUUCUUAUAGAUGGAGCUGGAUGUAAGACAUGGAUCUCUCCGGCUGCACCCAUCAGCAAUCCCAUCCACCCCUAACCUGAUCCAGCGCAGCCGUGGAGCAGCUGACGUAGACUCUGGGACGUUAGUGGUCAUAGACAAGAACUCAAGAAGAUCUGUGACACGAUCUCACAAGCCCUCCAUUCCCUCAAUGGCAGCUAUCCUCCCCCUAGGUUGAAUAUUGCACUGGGAUGCCACACAACCGUACAUGAGGAAAAGAGGAAAAAAAACUGUCUCCCAUUCUCACCGCAUGUUUCUCUUGGAAAAAGGAUGUACUUUACCAUCUUCAACUUAACUGGAUUCACCAAAGGAACAACCCAUGACCAAAGGUCUGCACUGGUACAGAAACUUAGGAGUGAACUUAGUCUUUUUUUUUUUUUUUUGCAUUCUUUUUAAAGGGCUGAAAAGUAAGUUGGAGUCGUUUUGAUUUGCACUCAUUCCAAAGGUCAGGAUAAUGGUUCUUAUGAGAUGUCAGGUCACAUUAUUUUAGAAGCCUACACGAAAUGAUGCAAUUAUUUCAAUCCUAAAACGGAUUGCAGAUGUGGCCUGUUUAAUAUCUGUCUACAGAUGGUACCUACAGGGUUUAGCAUAGAUCCAAUUUCAUUUUUACAGUAUCUAUAUACAAAUUUUCCUAAAUGUUCUUCAGUUCCAGGGAUCUACUUUCAUUUACCCUUCAAACACACUUCAUCAUUUCUGCUUUAAAUCAGGCAAUGUGAAUUAUAGAGUGCCUAAUGGAAAAAAUUUCUUUUUGUACUUUUUGUCCCUCUUUUUUGAAAGAAUAAAUCACCCAAAAAUGAGAAUUGGCAUUAUUUAUAUUACUUUUAUUCCAAAUCCGUAUGACCGACUGACUGACUUUCGUGAAACAUGAAAGGAGAUGUUUAGAAGAAUGUUCACGUUUGCAUUCAAUGAAAUUUUAAUGGGGAAAGGGGCUUCAAACUGCAAAAAUCACCAUAAGUCAAAUACCUUUAGCAUGUUAUAUGAUAGAAGUCAUACAAUGAGGAACAGACCUGAAUUUAAUUUAUUCACAAACAAUCAUUCCCUUCACUGUAGCUCUAAAGCA